AUGAAUCUAGCACCUAGAGAUGCGCUGGAGUUCCCAGAGUCAGACAGGGGCUUCCUAGAGCCCCAUCUGCCGCCCAAGGAUGGCUUGGGACCUCAGUCUGAUCUCCCCUUCACAACACUCACAUUCGCGACCUCGCUUGACUCUUCUCUGGCUCUGUCCCCUGGUGCACGCACAGUGCUUUCGGGCCCCCAGUCGAAGGCAAUGACUCACUAUCUGCGAUCCCGUCAUGAUGGAAUUAUCAUUGGCGUUGGUACGGCAGUGGCAGACGAUCCCGGUCUCAACUGUCGAAUCUCAGGAGUCGGAGCGUAUGGCCAGGAGGGUCUAGAUGGCCAGCCUAGACCAGUUGUUAUUGAUCCGACAGCGCGAUGGGAGUUUUCAGACAAGAGCAAGCUGUUCCAACUUUGCAGAGAGGGACGUGGCCGUGCCCCAUGGAUCAUCACGGCAGUUGAGAAACCAGACGCUGGGAAGGUAGCAUUGCUGGAAAGGUACGGCGGAAGAUUUAUCUCAGCCAAAAUGAUCAGAUUACAUACCGGCGGACACCAGGUUGACUGGCAGGAUUUGCUCGUCAUUUUGAAAUCAAACGGUCUUGGGAGCGUCAUGAUAGAGGGUGGUGGCCAGGUCAUCAAAUCCCUUUUGAGCCCACAUUAUAUGUCGUUGCUGAACAGCGUCAUUGUUACCAUUGCUCCCACAUGGCUGGGCGAAGGUGGCGUGGUCGUCUCCCCUGCUAGGCGCUUUGAUGAGAGUGGAAAUGCGAUCUCCGCAGCGAGAUUAAAGAAUGUUAAAUGGUACCCAUUUGGGGAAGAUGUCGUCCUUUGUGGGCAGAUCAAGCUUUCUGACUGA